ACCUUUACUAUUAUUAAAUGCACUCAACAAAUCCUAUCCUGCGUCAAUUGGCCGAUCAAUUGUCCGAAUUGCCACAAUAUGCACCAUUGCGGACAUAUAUCCGCGCGACGAUAAGUGCCACGUUGGGGGAAACGCCAAAGAAAACGAGUAGGGAUUUGACGUAUAGAGAACGUGUCACCCAUAGCAUGAUUGCCGAUUGGCUCGAGCAGAAUGGAUAUCCAAUAUCAUCUCAAGUCUUGAAAACAGAAAUGUCUGGAAACUACAUGGAGAGUGCAGAAAAACACGUGGAAAAUGGGGAAAAAAUCGAUAAUCUAUUGCGAAGUCAGCUGAAAAUCGAUAUUCGCGAUGGCACCGGUGACGAUUUUGAACGAAAAUCGAUAAAAUCGAUUGGCGCCGGCCGCCCGUUUGCAAAAAUUAAUAUGGUCGAUAAACAGCGAGCACCGUUGAAAAUUACACCGCUUAGUGAUGAGGAAUUUCGAAAAACGAUGCGGAAACGGAUGGAAAUGGAGAGGGAACGACUCGCACGUCUAUCCAACCAGGCAGAAGACGAUUCCGACGAUUCAUCGUCCUCCUCCGACUCUUCCACGUCAUCCGCGUCGUCAUCUUCCGAGGAGAAGUUGACUUUUUCGGAUAUCUUGGGGAAACCCACAGCAGCUGGCGCGGAGAAAAUGAUCGAACUAAGCCAAAUUCCCAACGCAUGGGGUCCGUCAAAAUCCGCGUUAGUCACUGAUGACGUGGCAAGCACUUCUGACCCACUUCCGGCGAUUUUCAACGCACAUCUUCCGCCGCUCUCCAUGGGACGACCACCGCUGACAAAAAGCGCGAAAAGUCGGGAAAUCGACGCCAUUUUCGGCUCGGAUAACGUGGAUUAUGAUUUAGAGGAUUUCGAGCAGGAUGGCGUGGCGAAGAAAAAGUCUAUACUGCCUAUGGAGAAAAAGAAGGAGGAAGCGAAACCAAAGGAACAGGAGCUAGUGGAGCCGUUGGUCUUGUCAGAAGGAGAAUCAAUCGACGAGCUUGAAGAUUUCGACACCGGUCUACUAUCUUCCGGAGGAUCCGAUUAUUCUUUUUAA